AUGUUUUUUCCUUUUCUUUCAAUGUUUUCUUCUUUUUUUUCCCGACCCCCCCAACCCCCCUUGAUUCUGUCAAAUCCAGAAUUUUUGGCUGAGGGAACUGCCAUUUAUGAUCUGCUCUAUCCAGACCGUGUUCUGAUUGGUGGAGACCCAACACCAGAAGGACAAGAAGCUAUCAUGGCUCUGCAGUGGAUUUACCAACACUGGGUGGCACCAGAAAAAAUUAUUACCAUGAACACAUGGUCCUCGGAACUCUCCAAAUUGGCAGCUAAUGCUUUUCUUGCCCAGCGAAUUUCCAGUAUUAAUGCCAUGUCAGCCAUUUGUGAAGCUACUGGUGCUGAUGUCUCUGAAGUAGCACAUGCAGUUGGAACAGAUACCCGGAUUGGGCCCAAGUUUUUGAAAGCCAGUGUAGGUUUUGGUGGCAGUUGCUUUCAAAAGGAUGUUCUUAACUUGGUUUACCUUUGUGAAUGUCUCAAUUUACCUGAGAUUGCUGCUUAUUGGCAACAGGUUAUUGACAUUAAUGACUUUCAACGUCGUCGCUUUGCUAAUCGAAUCAUUGAAGCACUCUUUAACACAGUAACAAACAAAAAAAUUGCAGUCUUUGGCUUUGCCUUCAAGAAAGAUACAGCAGACACAAGGGAAUCUUCAGCAAUUUACAUCUGCAAGCAUUUAAUGGAAGAAGGUGCUAAUGUGUGUAUUUAUGACCCAAAAGUUGAACCUAAACAAAUCAUGAAUGACUUGAUGCAUCCAAUGAUCACAGAUAAACCAGAAAAGGUGAAAGAUUUUGUAGAUAUCUUUUCCUGCCCUUAUGAAGCAGCUGAUGGAGCCCAUGCCAUUGUCAUCUGUACAGAAUGGGAUGAGUUUGUGAGUCUUGACUACAAGCAGUUGUAUGAAUCAAUGUUGAAACCAGCUUUUGUCUUUGAUGGACGAAUAAUUUUAAAUCACCAGGAAUUAUUAGAUAUUGUCGCUCUCUCUCUCUCUCUCUCUCUCUCUCUCUCUCUCUCUCUCUCUCUCUCUCUCUCUCUCCGAUCUCUUCUGAGUCUCUCUCUCUCUCUCUCUCUCUCCGAGUCUCUUUCUGAGUCUCUCUCUCUCUCUCCGAGUCUCUUUCUGAGUCUCUCUCUCUCUCUCUCCGAGUCUCUUUCUGAGUCUCUCUCUCUCUCUCUCUCUCCGAGUCUCUUUCUGAGUCUCUUUCUCUCUCUCUCUCUCUCUCUCAACAAGUUUGACAGAAAAUGCAACUUCAUUUAG